ACCGUUUAGGGAAGGGAACUCGAUGCUCGCCGGGUUUCUUUACAGUUUUCGCCGUCGCCGAUUUCCUGAUCUGUUACCGCCAAACUAAAAACAAAUACCCAACUCCUCCCGCCCUUAAACAAAAUUUCAAAAAAACUUCACCAAAUCCCAGAUUUCCCCCUCAUUCUCACCUUCUCCGCCCUCAAUUUUGCCCUUCGAUUCCCAUUUUUCGCCUCCGUUCCUCUCCUUUCCUCUUGUUUUUCUGCAUGGCGGCUCCGUCGCCGUCGGCCAGCAACAACAGCUCCGAUACCGGCACCACCGCCACCGCCGCCACGGCUAACGUCGCUGUUUCGUCCAACCACUUGGCGAAUCGUACAGGCACGCCGCCGAAGACCCUCCGUGGGCUCAACAAACCCAAGUGUAGGGUUUGUGGCAAUGUUGCUCGUUCCAGGUGUCCGUAUGAGUCAUGUAAGAGCUGCUGUGCGAGAAAUCAAAACCCAUGCUAUAUUCACGUGCUAAAAGCAAAUGCGACUUUUCCAGACAAGACGCCUACUUCUAGCUCUCCACUAUUUGAGAAGCAAUCAGCAGACCCAUCAUCAUCUGGGACUUCGCUUAGAGUAGCUUCACUUCGUCAACUUUCAAACAACUUUUCCCAAUUCAACAGUGUGCAAAUCCCACUCCGUUCAAGGAAGCCAUUGACUCGAAAGGAUGCCGCUGCAAUUAAUGAAUGGAGAUUUUCAAAGUUAAGGGAAUUCCGGGAGAGACAUAUUGAAGCCGGAAAUGAAGCUUUUGAUCGAUACAUGCAGAACGUUAAUCUAUUGGAGGAGGUAUUUUCCAUGAAAUCUAUGAUUGAUGGAUCUAUUAAGGACGGACCCUCUGUAAACUCUUCUGCAGAAGCCAACACCGAGGAAAUGGUAUCUGGAUUGAAGUUAAAGAUAGGAUCAGAUCCAAUUAGAUCAGAUAACUCCAGAAAGAGGAUACAGCAAAUUGUCGAGGAUGGACUAAGGAAACUUAAAAAAGUCAAGGUUACCGAUAAAGUUGAUGAGGUGACCGACCAAGCUGAACCUGAUAAAGUUGCUGAUCAAACAGAUCUCAAUGACGGGUGCAAAACAGCAAAAGGUUGGCCUGCCAAAAGAGCUAUAGCCUUAGGUGAUCUCAUUGACAAGUUAAACAAAGCCAGGAAUGAGGAGGAUCUAAAAUCUUGCUUGGCAAUGAAACAUCAGCUUUUUAACCCGCACCUAACAUCCAGUCAAGCAGAAUCUGAAGAGAUUGACAUGUCCAAGGAGCAAGUUGUAAAGAAAGAUUUAGAAUCAAGGAAAGAAUUGGGUUACUCACUGCCUAAGUUGAUUAAUAAAACUAAUAUCGAUCAAGAAACUCUGAACCGAAUUGAUGCCCACUUUUCUUCCCUCAAGCAGAUAGACAAUCUAUGAUUUGGUGCAGAUUUUGCCAUUUUUUCUAUUGGCUUUAGGCUAAAGGAGGCUCCAAACAUAAUGCUGUUAUGUCCAUGUAUAAUUUAUUCUCAACAGCCAUUGAUGUUUAUAUGGCAAUAGCAUUAAAUGUGCAUUAUCCUUCCACAAA